CGCCCCCGCGUGGGUACACGAAUAACAGUGACACGAAUUGUUUCAACAAUACAGCUGCAGUUUUAUCAUUGCAGAGAUGCUUUUUUCGUCGAUUUUUUUGCGCUUUUCGUAGACGUUUAGAGAAAAUGAGCACUGCUAACACUAGCACGGAUAAUAAACUCAACAAGGAAGCGAACAUAUGGCUUGAUGCCCACCAUGAUCCGGUGUCAUCCCUGCAUACAUUCACAUCUUGCUUAUCUCUCGCCGAUCUUCAUGCAGAUGGCGACCACAAACUUUUGGUUGCAGACCUGGGUAACAAAACGCAUGAAAUGAAACUGAAAGUUUUCAAAGGUACCAAUCUUAUGGUGGAAAGUUCCAUCAUUGAUCUUCCUACUGGUCUUGCCACAUUUUACAUGGACACAAAUGAACCACGGACACCAGCAGUCGCUGUUGCUUCAGGGCCCUACAUUUAUGUCUACAAGAACCUUCGUCCAUAUUUCAAGUUCACUCUUCCUCCAUUAGAAGUGAAUUCUGUUGAGCAAGACCUUUGGAAUCAAGUAAAUGAUGAAAAAAUUGAUGUUAAAGUAUUGAGAGAAAUGUUAGAGAGUUUGCAGAAUGAAGGCAGCGAAGGACUUCUCACUGUCCGCUCACUUCGUUUUCUCCAACUAGAAGAAGAUGAGCUUGAAUCAUUUGCAGCCCUCUACAAAAAUGCCCCAUUAAAACGGCAGACAGUGAUCACAUGCAUGACUACGAUGAAGAAAACGAUGCCAGACAACGAUGCUAUAAGCUGUCUUGUUGUUGGAACUGAAAGCCAUGAUAUAUACAUCCUUGAUCCUGAAGCCUUCACCGUUCUUGCAAAGAUGAGUCUACCUAGUGUUCCUGUGUUUGUAUCUGUUUCAGGAUUGUAUGAUGUGGAGUUCCGUAUUGCAAUUGCGUGUCGCGAUGGUAAUAUCUAUACAAUAAAGAAAGGUGGGAAAGCCAUACGCACCUGUGUCGAAGUUGGCUCGCAGAUUGUUGGUCUUGAAAGAAUUGGAAAAACCCUCGUUGUUGGUUGCAUGAAUAACAGCCUUGUUUGUUACUCUUCAAAGGGACGUAAACUUUGGUCUGUGUAUUUACCAGAAAGCAUCACCACCAUGACCAAUCUCAACCACAAAGCAAAAGGCUUCAAAGCUGUUCUAGUCGCCCUAAAGAAUGGUGAAGUGCGUUUGUACAAAGAGAAGUUUUUGUUGAGCAUAUUGCAAGUUGAUGGUCCUGUCACUGCAAUGCAGUUUGGAAGAUUUGGUCGAGAAGAGAGUUCCUUGAUCCUGGUGACGCAACCUGGUGGAAUGUAUGUAAAAAUACUAAAGCGUACAGCCUCAUUUGAAGAGAAAGAUACAGCAUCAGGUCCACCUCCAGCACAAUCAAUCAAGUUAAACAUCCCAAAGAAAACCAAAUUGUUUGUAGAUCAAUCUUUACGAGAGCGAGAGAAUGGCACAAGUAUGCAUAGAACAUUUCAACGAGAUCUGUGUCUGCUUCGUCUCUCAGCUGCACGGUCUUAUGUUAGCGCACUGGAGAAGAGUCUCAACCCUGUGUCUACAUCAGGUGAACCAAUCAAAGUCUCUGCCCAUAUUCAAGGAUUUGGUCCAGCAUUUAAACUGACCAUCAAGCUCCAGAACACGUCAUCAAACACGCCAUCCACCAACCUUCUCAUUGCCUUCCAAUUCCUAGAAAGUCUGUACAAUCUCAGCCGGCCUUGCAUUCCAGUUCCAUUGCUUAUUCCAGGAAUUGAGUAUGUGUUUGAAACGUUGGUAGAGUGCAUUAGUGAUAAAGGAAUUGCAGAUUCAAUCAAAGUAUUUGUGGUUCACAAAGGGAAGAGUGUUCCAAUAAUCACAGCUGUUAUUAAUAUGCCUGUCAGUGAAGCUGUGGUUGCUGUAUAGUAGUUGUACAAGUUGGUUGAUUUUACUUUGCAAAGAUAAUACAUUGAUAAUACAUGAUUUCACCUAAUUCAAAGAUGAAUCUGCCCUAAAACAUUAUCUUUGUCCUUCACCGUUUGUAUUGUUAAUAAUUUAGAAGAUUUAUCAUUAUCUUUAUUAAACGUCGUUGUAAUUCUUCAU